AUGGCACGUAGAAACUUUGGAAGCCAGAUAACAGCACUUGUUGUAGAUGACAAUGUACUGAACAGAAGGAUUCAUGAAAAGCUGUUGGAGAGUGCUGGAGUGAGAAAUCACGAGGGAGUGGAAAAUGGGAAAGUAGCAGUGGAUAUUCAUUGCCAUGGACGAAGAUUCGACCUCAUUCUCAUGGACAUGGACAUGCCAAUAAUGAAUGGCAUUCAGGCAACAAAGGAACUUCGUUCCAUGGGCAUUGGGAGCAUGAUCGUUGGUGUGUCAUCACGUUGUACGGAAACAGAAAUACGAAAAUUUAUGGAAUCAGGAUUGAAUGACUACCAUGAGAAACCAUUGAACACUGCAAAGCUUAAUUCAAUUCUUGAUAAGAUGAACCCUAAUUUUACUAAUAAAUGAGCGAAGAUCCAACCGGCUAAUGCAUGGAUGAAUAAAAACCUUAACCUUACC